CCCAAGGCCCAACAAGAUAGAUUACCAAGCCCUAUUUGUAAACCCUAAUUCCGAUUCCACCGUUCCUUCAACCGAACCACCAUUUCCAACGCGUGCUAUAAAAACGGUGCAGUGGAGUGAAGAAUCUCAUUCUCCAUCUCUCAAUCUAGGGGGUAUGGACAUUAAAGAACCAGUUAAGAACAAAAUUCCUUGGGAUGGGACUCUUUCUCUAAAUGAUUUUACCCUUUCUGCUUUUACAUUUUCUGACAAGUGGAAAUUGUUUAAUCCUUUCUUUCCUCCAUGGUUGUGGACUACUUGUCCAAAACAUCAUUUGGGUUCUUCUCAUAAGAUGGAAGGAUACUUAUCACUCAGGAAUGUGUGCGUUGUCAAAUCAAGUGAGGAAGAAGAGAGCAAUAGGAGUCUUACAAGGAAAGAGAGCAACAUCUCACAAACAGAAGAGCCUUUUGAUGAUGCAACUUUAGUUUGUCCAGAGGAUGAAGUAAACCACUAUGAUUUUCACAUUAUAUACAGUCCUUCCUAUAGAGUUCCAGUGCUGUAUUUCCGUUCAUAUCAUAGUGAUGGACAACCUUUGCCCUUCAGUGAAAUUGAAAAAGACCUUCCGGGUCAUUCUGCAGAGUUGCUUCUAGAAUCCAAAUGGACAUUUAUAACUCAAGAGGAGCACCCCUAUUUGAAUAGGCCAUGGUACAAGCUACACCCUUGUGGGACUAGUGAAUGGAUGAAACUACUCCUAUGUGGUGGUGAUACAUCUUUGAAUAACAACUUAGUUCAACAAUAUUUAGUUUCUUGGUUCUCUGUUGUUGGGCAAGUUGUUGGUCUUAAAACUCCUUUGGGAAUGCUGGAUAAUAUAGUUUCAAAUAAUUCUCAGAUAAAAUGAAGUUAUGGAAUUGAGACGAAGGAAGGGAUGUGUUUGCAAUUGUCAAUGGUAGAAAGUUGUAGCAGAAAAAUUGGUGGAAAAGUUGAGACAUGUUUAUAGAAAUUAGGUUUGUCAUACUUGUAGACGUUGUAUACUUAUACUACUUUUUGACACCUUAAAUACUAGUAUAAGUUUAACUAUUUAAAUUAAAUUCAGACAUGUCAUUUUGCCAUUCAAUUUA